AACGGCUCUCCCCGUGGAUCGGACUUUCUGCUUGGGUCUGUCCUUCACGGUCAUCGUCGGUCAAAGACCUAACGCAUGGCUCGACGCGGUUCCUUGUAAAUAUUCUCUCAGACCAGAUUUCGUCUCUCUCGUCUCUCUUUCCAACCAGAAAUCAUCAAGUCAUCCUACAUCGUCUCCUCAACUCGAUUCUCGAAGAACAUGGCUCCAACACUCGCUUCGACGACAUCUCGGCACGCUCAUCUGUCACCGGCCCUCCUCUGGUCUCUCGUUGCGAUCAUACUCGUGAACGCGCUGCUCCUUAUUAUCUGGCUCGUUCAUUGCCGUCGAACGGCGGCUCGCGCUCGGAAGAUAAUCUCAGUCGACCUGCCAGAGACGAAGACGACCACAAGUGCAUCGGACCCUCGCAGUAACUGGUCGUGGAUUCGUAACCCUCGCCUUUGGAAGAACCAUCGAGGUGGAGACAACCAGGGGCUCACCGGCGACAAGGCGGGGACCAAUGUCUCUUCUGACACCACAGCUAGCACUGAAGAUCUCGAGGCGGGCAUGCGGGUGAUCGUGAUCCAGGUGCGUCCUUACGGUACUUUGAACGACCAUUACGUGGUACGAUGUAUGCCCUUCAGCCGGAGCCCGUCAUUAUUCGGGAAAAAAACAGCGAACUCGGACCUGUUCCUGCCUGGCAACGCUCUCUGCUGGAGGCCCCCCUCUCGAUGCCUGGUACCCCCGCCCUCACCAUCGGCACAAGCUGCAGGAGCACACCGGAGCCCGAGCAUCUCCAGGACGCCGUCUCUACCUGUUCCAUCUACUCCCAGGCCUCCUGGCCUGGCGACUUCUCGGCAUUUCUGCGGUUCGACCCUACCGUCGACGGAGCCGAUCUCACCAAGAAGUUGAACGUCGAUGCGAACCUGGACGAAGACCCGGAUAUCCUCCCUACGAUGUCGUCCGCCGGCUCACUCGGCUUCGGUCUCACAUCUGAACUCUUCCUGGAAUCCGACCCUGAGCCUGCGUUCGAGCUCGCGGCUGCUGCACUUGCGUCGUCCUCUCUGGGUCUUGACAAGCUAGCGGGACACUUGCCCGCUCCCUCUGUUUCCAACUCGGCUCAUCGCUCCCCACCGCUACCCCCUCCGCGCGUUCUCCAGCUGCGGAAGGCACCAUCCCCAGAGUCCUCCUGGCUCACGAUCCC